AAUAAUCUAGUACCGGAAUAUCAUCUUAUCCCCAGCCAAGAGUCGUCGCUGUAUCUCUCCGUUCUGCUUCCAUUUGGUUCCACUCUGUUAACGAUCAUUGACAACGCGUACCAAAUCUCCCUAGAUAUACCUAUUUUAUACUGACGUAUCGUCAAGGAGGAUAUAGAAAAGAGGUGUUUUGAGUCAAGGGGAUUACCGGUCUCUCCUGACAAAAAGAGAUGGCUUUAAGGCAACUUCUCACACAGGUUGAAAGGAAACAAUAUCAACUGAGACAACUCGGCUAUUUGCUCACUAGAACUUAUAAGACAUCAAAAUUGUCGGGAGAUCGAGUGGUGUCUGGAUGUGGUGAUGCUCAGAGAAGGUUUCAGUCAAGUUAUGUGGGCAGUCUAGCCAGAAGGGUACGUGAAACAGAUGAAGCAAGUGAAGCUGCAUAUCUUAAGGAGCUAUAUAAUCGACAUGAUCCUGAGGCAGCCAUACAAUUGUUUGAAAGUCAGCCAUCAUUACACUCCAAUCCCAAAGCACUUGCCGAGUAUGUUAAGGCACUAGUCAAGGCCGAUAUGUUGGAUGAAAGUGAGCUUUUAAGGACACUGAAGAGAGGGAUUUCCUCGACUUCUAGUUCUAGUGUGGCGGAGGAAGAAGGGUUAAGUAGUUUGGGAGCUCUGUCUGCUUUUAGGAACGCAGGAAAAAAUACAAAAGAUGGUGUUCUUGGUACUCCGACUGCUCCUAUACAUAUGGUGGCUGUUGAAGGUAGUCAUUUCAAGGAACAGUUAUGGCGUACAUUCCGUGCUCUUGGUUUGACUUUCCUCAUGAUUUCUGGUCUUGGGGCUCUGAUUGAAGACAGAGGUAUCAGUAAAGGACUUGGUCUGAAUGAAGAAGUGCAUCCUACUAUGGAAUCCAAUACAAAAUUUUGUGAUGUAAAGGGCGUUGAUGAAGCAAAAGCUGAACUGGAAGAAAUUGUCCAUUAUCUUCGAGACCCCAAGAGGUUCACACGUCUUGGUGGAAAGCUUCCAAAGGGUGUUUUACUUGUAGGUCCACCUGGUACUGGCAAGACUAUGUUGGCCAGGGCUAUAGCUGGAGAGGCUGGCGUUCCAUUCUUCUCAUGCAGCGGCAGUGAGUUUGAAGAAAUGUUUGUUGGCGUUGGAGCUCGGAGAGUAAGGGAUCUUUUCUCAGCUGCUAAAAAAAGGUCUCCAUGUAUUAUAUUUAUUGAUGAGAUUGAUGCCAUUGGUGGAAGCCGUAAUCCAAAGGAUCAGCAGUACAUGAAAAUGACUUUAAAUCAGUUGCUAGUUGAACUAGAUGGAUUCAAACAAAAUGAUGGAAUCAUUGUGAUUGCUGCUACUAAUUUCCCCGAGUCAUUGGAUAAGGCACUAGUAAGACCUGGACGGUUUGAUCGCCACAUCGUUGUCCCAAAUCCUGAUGUUGAGGGGCGAAGGCAGAUCUUGGAGUCCCACAUGUCAAAGGUAUUGAAGGCGGAUGAUGUUGAUCUUAUGAUAAUAGCAAGAGGAACUCCUGGGUUUUCUGGUGCUGACCUUGCAAAUUUGGUAAACAUUGCUGCUCUCAAGGCUGCAAUGGAUGGGUCAAAAGCAGUAACGAUGGGUGAUAUGGAGCACGCUAAGGACAAGAUCAUGAUGGGAAGUGAGCGCAAGUCUGCAGUUAUAUCUGAAGAGUCUAGAAGACUCACAGCUUACCAUGAGGGUGGACAUGCUCUUGUGGCCAUUCACACUGAUGGUGCCCUUCCCGUUCACAAAGCCACCAUUGUCCCCCGAGGAAUGGCUCUCGGCAUGGUUUCUCAAUUACCUGAAAAAGACGAAACCAGUGUGUCCCGUAAGCAGAUGCUUGCCCGGCUUGAUGUUUGUAUGGGUGGGCGAGUUGCAGAAGAGCUCAUCUUUGGAGAGAAUGAAGUGACUUCGGGUGCAUCCAGUGAUCUCCAGAAGGCCACUUACCUUGCUAGAGAAAUGGUCACAAAGUAUGGCAUGAGCAAACAGGUGGGAGUCGUUGCACACGACUAUGAUGAUAAAGGGAAGAGCAUGAGCACGGAGACUAGGCUUCUCAUCGAGAAGGAAGUGAAAGAGUUCUUGGAGAAUGCCUAUAACAAUGCCAAGACCAUCCUCACUACACACAACAAAGAACUUCACGCUCUUGCUGGUGCGUUACUGGAGCAAGAGACACUAACUGGUGGCCAGAUUAAGGCUCUACUCUCACAGGUUAGUGGUUCUCAACAAACCACCCAUCAACCGCAACAGUUGUUUCCCGUGCAGAGUGCCACUUCAAAAUCGAAUCCAGUGCCUCCUUCAACUCCUAGUCCUGCAGCAUCUGCUGCUGCGGCUGCUGCAGCCGCUGCUGCUGCAGCCAAAAGUAAAGGAAUAGCCCCUGUUGGAUCUUAGUUAGUUGGCCGGCCGCCGCACCUGUGGUUAAUUAAAACUGAAGGACUCCUCUCCAGUGGAACUGUAGCAGCAGGUUUAUAAUUAAACAGCGAGCGAGCUUCAAGUGUUGUCAAUUGUUUGUUAGCAAUGGUCAUAACGCAACUGUCAAACUUUUGUUUUUACGCCUUUCGUUGUUGCCCCUGGGGGGGUGGGGGGCGGGGUUAAGGGUGGCUGGGGUAACUCUUUUAUUCAAAGUGCUUGGUCCUGGGAAAUUCAAUCAUAGUUUUCAAAUAAUCAUUUGAUCAUCAAGAAAUGCUAGAUCAACGA